GUAAAGUGGAAAAGCAAGCCCCAGAAGUGACAGUCACAAUUCAAAUGAGCAUGGACGAUGAAACUUCCUCGACAUUUUCAGAAUCACAUACUCCAAACCCUCCUCAUAGAAACCUUCCAGAAAGAUGGAGGGGUCUUGUUGCAAGUGUAGAUGAGGAGACAAGCACAACUCUGACGGAAGAAUCUGCAAAAACUGAAACGAGCACAACACAACAGGUGGAAAACGAUUCCGCAAGUGCAGCUUCCACUACUGUGGACAGUAAGGUUAAAGAAGCAGUAGCUUCAACUACUGAAGCAGGUUCUAGUGCAGUUAGCAUCGAGCUUUCAACCACUCUGCCAGCAACAACGUCAACCAUCGCACCACUUUCAUCACCGGGUGUCAAAGAACCUCUUGUCACCUCUACAGUAAUCUCUACUGCAGUUAGUAUCAAGCUUUCAACCACUCUGCCAGCAACAACGUCAACCAUCGCACCACUUUCAUCACCAGGUGUCGAAGAACCUCUUGUCACCUCUACAGUAAUCUCUACGUCAACAUCUGAUGUGCCUACGACUUCUGGCCAGCACAGCUCUUCAAGUGAAGAAAGAGUUACCACACCUCUUAAUUCAGAGUCGAACGAUGGCGAGUCUGUUACAGUUGCGAAGAAAUCGGAAGAUAGUACGGUAUUGACAUCGACAGCGACUUCUAGUCUCUCCGAGUCGACAACUACGUUAGGAGAGAAUUCAGAUAAGAGUACUGUGGAAGGGGGUGCCCCGGAAGUCCAGUCUUCCACCUCUCCGAACACAGUAACUGCUUCUACUCUUACCAGUACAGAAGAAGUUACAGAACAGACCACAACAACAACAAUGGAGCAACCUGAAGGUGCCACAUCCACUGAUGCGACACACGCUGAAGUUGAG